ACCAACAAUCAAAUUACGAAACCACCCUUAUGCCGCUUCCAGCUCCGCCCUCUGCAUUAUAUUCUCCACGACAAAUCACAAUACCCUGGGAGCCCCUCUCCGUUCAAAAAAUCACAAAGCUUUUUCUAUUCUCUGUUCGUCGUCUUCUUCUUCUUCCUUUAUCAGACUCAUCUCUGUUUUUCUCUGCUCAAACUCUCAGAUUUUCAUUAGCUGGACAAUAAGACCACAUUUAGCGUGUGUUCUCAGAUUUUUGGAUGGGAACUAAGCAGCAUGACUCCGUUUUUAAAGAGGAUGUGCCCACUACUCUUGACCGUGAUAAUAAUUCUUUGAGUCAGGUUGAUUCUUCAACAAGUGCAGUUCUAUCUGAUCCAAAUGUAAAUAAUGAAAGCAAUGAAGUUAAAAAGUUGAGUGAGGUUGUCAGUAACAUUAACAAUACCCCAUAUAUCUAUAGGCAAGACGUUGUGAGGAGCAAGAGUGGUAUGAUUGGGAUUGUGACUGAAGUUGCCGGUGAUUCAGAUUCUGAUAGCAGCAUCACUGAUGAUGAGGAUGAUGAUGAAGAUGACGACAACGAUGAUGAUGAUGAUGAUGGUGAAAAUGAGGAAGAAGCUCGUAACGAUAAUACUACUCAUGGGAAUGGUGACAAGAACAAAAGUGGUGGUAAUGAUAAGUCAGUUGUUGAUCGAGGAUUCUUACAUGGGGAUUUUGUUGCUGCUGCGUCUGACCCAACUGGGCAAGUUGGUGUUGUGGUGGAUGUCAAUAUCUCUGUAGAUUUGUUAGCUCCUGAUGGAUCAGUCAUAAAAGAUGUAUCAUCUAACAACUUAAAACGUGUGAGGGAGUUCACUGUGGGUGAUUAUGUGGUCCUUGGUCCCUGGCUAGGUAGAAUUGAUGAUGUUUAUGAUAAUGUGACAGUUUUGUUUGAUGAUGGUUCUGUGUGUAAAGUUAUGAGAGCAGAACCAAUGGAUCUCAAACCAGUUUCCAAGAAUAUGCUUGAAGAUGUGCAUUUCCCUUACUACCCAGGACAGCGUGUGAAGGCAAGGUCAUCGUCAGUUUUCAAGAAUUCUAGGUGGCUAUCUGGCUUGUGGAAACCUAAUCGUCUGGAAGGUACUGUUACCAAGGUUACAGUUGCAUCAGUAUUAAUCUAUUGGAUAGCCUCUGCUGGCUGUGGGCCAGAUUCUUCUAUUGCUCCUGCUAAAGAGCAGAUUCCAAAGAACUUGAAACUGUUGUCUUGCUUUACACAUGCAAAUUGGCAAUUGGGUGAUUGGUGUCUUUUCCCCCCAUCAGUGUCAUCAUCUUCCAUUCCCUUAGACAAGGGUUUGUCAAAAUUAGAACUUCAUGAUUCUGUAAACGGUGAGUUAGAAUCUGCUCAAAUAGGUAGUGGGUGCGAUUCAGAAGAGAGUGCACUAGAAGAAUCAAAUAGAAAUAAUGAAUCCAUGGAUCUUGAUCCAGUGUCUGUAUUAGAUGGAAACAAUGAAAAUACUGGAAUGAAUACAUCUAUUGAUUCUAGUUCCUGCUGUAGUUCAUUGUCAGUUUCAAAGGAGCCUGUCAAUGAAACUUGGCCUCUUCAUCGCAAAAAGAUCCGCAAAGUUGUGGUUAGGAGAGACAAGAAGGUGCGGAAGGAAGAAAGUUUUCAAAGAUCCUUUUUGAUUGUGAAUACCAGGACAAAAGUUGAUGUGGCAUGGCAGGAUGGUACAACAGAAUGGAAGCUGGACUCAACAAAUUUAAUUCCACUUGAUAGUCCUGGUGAUCACGAAUUUGUUGCUGAACAGUACGUGGUGGAGAAGGCAUCUGAUGAUGGUGACGAUGCUGGUGAAGAUAGACGUGUUGGGCUUGUGAAAAGUGUCAAUGCCAAGGAGCGAACAGCUUGUGUAAGGUGGUUAAAGCCAAUUUCCAGGGCGGAAGAUCCUAGAGAGUUUGACAAGGAGGAAGUUGUGAGUGUCUAUGAGCUUGAGGGGCAUCCGGAUUAUGAUUACUGUUAUGGGGAUGUUGUUGUUAGACUGUUGCCAGUUUUUUUUUCUGCUCAGACUGCUUCAGGAACAGACUUUGAUGAGGAACCAAAGCAGCAAGAUAUUCCAAGUGAGCUUAGAUCUGCUUGUAAGAAAAAAGAAGAUCCAUCUAGCAAUGAAGCUUGUGUGGACUUCUCAGAUCUUUCUUGGGUUGGAAAUAUAACUGGUCUUCAGAAUGGGGAUAUUGAAGUUACAUGGGCUGAUGGCAUGGUGUCUACGGUUGGACCUCAAGCAAUUUAUGUUGUUGGUCGAGCCGAUGAUGAUGAGUCAAUUGGUGCUGGGAGUGAGGUUAGUGAUGCUGCUAGUUGGGAAACAGUGAAUGAUGAUGAGAUGCAUGAACUAUUUACCCCUGAGGGUACAGAAGAGGAAGUUGGGCUACAAAAUGCCUUUGAUAUUAAUACUGAACCAGAAGAGAGUGAAGAGAACAAUUCUGGAAUUAACCCAGCUUUGUCCGUCCCCUUGGCUGCACUUCGGUUCGUUACCAGACUUGCAACUGGUAUAUUCUCAAGGGGUCAAAAGAAUUUGGAUUCAAUUUCUUUGGAUGCUGAUGGUGAAGGUGAAUUUGAGCCUCGUGAAGUGGAAAUUUCUCAGGGAAGAGAUCAUGGUGAAGAUUCCAGCUCUCAAAAAUCUAACGUGGUGGAUACUUGUGGUGUGGAAAUAAAUAAGGGAGAAGAAGAAAAACAUGUUUCCCCCCAGACUGCAGAAGUGUUGGAUGCGGCAGAAAUCCUAUAUAACUUGAGGACUGAAGAAUCAGAUGCUAAAGAAUGUAGGAAGGAUGAUGCUUGCAGUUUCAAACGCUUUGAUAUAGCCAAAGACCCUUUGGACCAUCAUUUUCUUGGUGCAGCUGGGCAGAAUACCAGUGGAAGAAAGUGGUUAAAGAAGGUUCAGCAAGAUUGGAGCAUCCUUCAAAAUAACCUUCCUGAUGGGAUUUGCGUACGAGUUUAUGAAGAUCGAAUGGAUCUCUUGAGGGCAGUUAUAGUUGGGGCUUAUGGGACUCCUUACCAAGACGGCCUCUUCUUUUUUGAUUUUCACCUCCCUCCAGAGUACCCUGAUGUUCCUCCGACAGCAUACUAUCAUUCUGGUGGCUGGCGGAUAAAUCCAAAUCUAUAUGAAGAAGGCAAGGUGUGCCUUAGUCUUUUAAAUACUUGGACUGGCAGAGGAAAUGAAGUAUGGGAUCCAAAGUCUUCUAGCAUCCUUCAAGUGCUUGUUUCACUCCAGGGGUUGGUGCUAAAUUCUAAGCCAUAUUUUAAUGAAGCUGGCUACGACAAGCAGAUUGGGACCGCUGAAGGAGAGAAAAAUUCAUUGUCCUACAAUGAGAAUACUUUCUUACUGAACUGCAAGACAAUGAUGUAUCUUAUGCGGAGGCCACCGAAGGAUUUUGAAGAGCUUGUCAAAGAUCAUUUCAGGAGGCAGGGUUAUUAUAUCUUGAAGGCCUGUGAUGCAUAUAUGAAAGGGAAUUUGAUUGGCUCUCUCACUAAAGACGCCUCUGCUGUUAAGAGCGAUGUAAAUUCGACCUCGGUUGGUUUCAAGUUGAUGUUAGCUAAGAUUGUGCCAAAGCUCUUCUUGGCUUUGAGUGAGGUUGGAGCAAAUUGUCAUGAAUUUAAGCAUCUGCAACAAUCAUAGCAUAGGUUUGAAGAUGCAAUUUGCCACUGGAUCCGUCAAGCCAACACGGUCAAUCUGUUUUGAUUCAUUGUUGUUUCCUAAACAAUUGAGAUACUUGUCAAUGUAAAGGUUCUAUUAGAUUUCAAUUUUUUUCUUUUCUUUUACUCUCAAUAGAAAUUGAAAGCCUUGUCUAUUUUAGGCUGUGGGGAUUUGCUAUAGCAAAGUUGCUGGCUGGCACUCUCGGUUUUUGGUAAACGGUAAUUUUCUACGAGGAGCAAAAUUGGCUGCUAGCCUUUGUUGACAUAACUUUUGGUACGUUUUUGUACGGGGAUUUCUGCGAUUGCAAAAGCUUUACCUUUUGUCUGCUCAUUUGUUCAGGAUUUCAAUGGAUUGUAUUGAAUUUAAAAAAAAUAAAUGGCUUCAAA